CGUUGAAGCGCGCGCACACUGAAGUGGUGUGGCUCUCGUGGCUCGUGGCCGAAUUAGUCGCAUAACUUUUUUCCACCGUUGUCGGUCGGUUGGUGUCGUCAGAAUAACCUUCACACCUUUUCAUAAUUGUGCCAGUGCCACAGCGAGAAAGUGAACGAAUGAUUUACGAGAAGAUAUAGAAGAAACACACAACCGGUGCCGUUCCGCAAACCUGCGCACAGUGAAGAAGUAGAUUAAAAGUGUGCUUUUGCCAGUCACGGGAGGGGGCGCUCGUCGGAAGCCUCUCUCGCCCCGCGCCGCGAACCGUUCCACCAGCGAAAGCGUUCCGAAAUCGAUAAAAGCGAUCCCAUCGCGUCUGGCCCUCCGUCCGUUCGAUCCGUUCGAGAGCCGCCCCGAGACAGCCGCAAACAUAAAACAUGUACGGCAGAAGCAAUCGGUUAUGCACUAAAUUGUCCAGUGCUUUCCUACGAAAGUGGUGGUUUGUGAUAGCAUUCGCCCUCAGCCUACUGGUGCUUGGAGUUCUAGUCACAUUCGGAUUCACGGCCUUCAUCCGAACUAUCAUCGACCACCAGGUGGCCUUAAGGGUAGGCGGGCAGUCCUUCGGCUGGUGGUCACGGCCACCGGUCGAACCGAUCGUCAGGAUCUUCGUCUACAAUGUCACCAACGCGGACGAGUUCCUCAACAACGGCACCAAACCGAUACUGGACGAACUUGGUCCUUAUGUCUACGUUGAAACAUGGGAAAAAGUCAACAUUAAAGAAAAUCCGAACGGCACGAUCAGCUACAACCAGAAACGGGUGUACAUCUUCAACGAGGACCUGUCCGGGGGAAUGGAGGAUGACGUGGUGAUCGUACCGAACAUUCCAAUGCUGAGCGCCACGUCGCAAAGUAAACACGCGGCAAGGUUUCUACGGCUGGCGAUGGCGAGCAUUAUGGACAUUCUGAAGAUCAAACCCUUCGUGGAGGUGUCGGUCGGGCAGCUACUGUGGGGCUACGAAGAUCCACUGCUGAAGCUGGCAAAGGACGUGGUGCCAAAGGAACAGAAGCUACCGUACGAGGAGUUUGGGCUGAUGUACGGCAAAAACAGCACGUCAAAGGAUACGGUGACCGUGUGGACGGGCGUGGAUGACAUCACGCAGUACGGUAUCAUCGACAAGUACAAUGGCCGAUCGCACCAGACCCACUGGCUGUCGGAGCAGUGCAAUCGGCUGAACGGCACGGACGGGUCCAUCUUCCCGCCGCGCAUCACACCCAACUCGACGCUGCACGUCUACGAAAAGGACCUGUGCCGAUUGCUGCCACUCAGUUUCGAAAAGGAGGUGACCGUUCGCGGCGGCGUCAAGGGCUACCGAUUUACGCCCUCGCCGGAUGUGUUUGCUUCGGUGGAGAAAAAUCCGAACAACAUGUGCUACUGCCCCGCAGGGCCACCCUGUGCCCCUCACGGGCUGUUUAACGUGUCGUUGUGCCAAUACGAUUCUCCGAUCCUGCUAAGUUUCCCACAUUUCUAUAUGGCCGAUCAAUCGCUGCGAACGGCUGUGGAAGGAAUUUCUCCACCCGAAAAGGAAAAGCACCAGCUCUUCAUCGAUGUGCAACCGGACAUGGGUACCGCACUGAGAGCACGCGCCCGAAUCCAGAUCAAUCUGGCCGUAAGUCAAGUCGUGGACAUCAAGCAGGUGGCCAACUUCCCCGAUAUCGUGUUCCCGAUCCUGUGGUUCGAGGAGGGCAUCGAUUCGCUGCCGGACGAGAUCCUGGACCUGAUGAAGGUGGCCACCACCAUUCCACCCCGGGCCAAGUUCAUCCUGACGAUCGUGCUCUUCGGAUUCGGCGGGUUCCUGUUCGUGGUGGCCGUCAUCUGUCUCGUGCGAAAGUCGCACCGCCAAAGCACGCUCCAUCUGGAGGGCUCCAACUACCUAGCGACGGCUUCCGUCGAUCAGGCCAAAAAGAAGGCCAAGAUGGACAGUGGCGUCAACAGCAAGAGCAACUAGGGAGAACGAGCGCUCUAGAGCACUCGAGGGCUAGCGAAAGAUCUGGUGAUAGAAUUGGUGUUUAGCAAAAACGCAACAAGACUCGUGUCUUUUCGCCAUUCCGUGACACUCCGUAGUUCCACGGCGCAACUCCAUGGAACUAGAACUCCCUAGAACCCAACAGAUCCAGGUGAAGGCAUUCGAACGAAAGCUGGGGAAAGGUGGGGUACCGAUUUGCUCAGUACAGUAACGCUGGUGGACAACUACUAGCCUAAAGCUUAAGGGGGAAUGCUUUGAAUGGGAAUAUUCUUUUCACCGGCAGUAAUAGAGCUGUUCCCGCAUGCUGACUACUUUUAAGGCAUCUUGGGACCAUUAUUGCGGCGGACGACCCGAUCGACACAGAUAUUCUUCGAAACAACAUCACAUUUCCACGGCGCCUAGCGCCACGCAUGGUGUGUGUGUGUGUGUUGGAAAAGCUCUGAAUGUGAAGGAACAUACUUUUCCACAAAGAACACAGUAUGUUCACCUUAAAUUUGAUGUGAUUUAUUGAAACGAAAGCGCUGUGCCGCUGGCGGCGGUACAGUUGAUUUUAAAUAAAACUUUUUUCUGUUUUCCUUAGCUGUAACAUACCAUAUUUUGCUCAACUGGCAGGGGUUCAUUCUAUACUUUCUUCUAAACUAAAGACAAUGCAAGGACAAUGCUCUAUUCGAUCUACUCUGAUGGCAGCUGAAAGGGCUUUGAUCAAUCCAACGCCAAACCGAUUGAUUAUGAGUACUAAUGCGCGCCGUUAUAAUGUGGGGCGUAGAGGGCGCGUGCGGCGUUGUGAGGAGGGCGAAGGAGGACAAAAAGUAGAUGUGGGUCGCGACCCGAUGCGAUUGCCCGAGACACUGAUUCUCAUCCAUGCACGUGAAACCGACGUUCUACGUGACGUGCUCCCGUGGCGUAUUGUUAGGCACACCGACCCGCGCUUUAGUUGCCAAAUAUACAUGUAUGUUUCCGCGCUAUUGGUUUAGCCAGAUCCCUUCCACACGCUACACCUGUAUGUACUGUAAUGUAGUUUAGUAGCUCGUAAGUGUAUAAAUAGUAUGGUGGCUAAGGUCAGGUGGGGAUGAAACUUAGAAACACUGACAAACAAUAAGCUAAACGAAAGGUACACGAGUUAAGCAACAAAACAGAGGCCACAAGAUAGUGGAGACGAGGGGGUGUCGCAAAACCGGAAAGUAUAGAUUAUAGUUUAAUUAACAUCACGGCAAAUUAUACGAUCGUAAGUGAUUUCCAUCAUCGGGCGGGCUACGUCGUUCGGCACACGAGGAUAUCUCUGGAACACGACCGUUAGGACGAAACAGUGUUACUUUUCUAAUGUGGAACAAUGUGAAUAUAAAUAAACCGAAACGGAAAA